CAGCCAAAGUUCGAUUCAAGCUAAUGUACCCGAAAAGAAAACCCGACAUUUGUUCGACAGCUUGCAGCCGGAUCUGAGAUGCAGAGAGCCCUACGAAUUUACGGGGAAGUCCUCCGGCUGGUGAGACGUCUUCCGGCGGAUUCCAGGCCUUACUACGCCAAAUACGCCCGAGAAAAUUUCGUCAAUUAUAGAGAGGUGGAUGCCAACGAUGACACAGCUCUCGACGAGCUCUUCCUUCGCGCUUACAAUCACUCUCUCUGGGUUCUUAAUAAGUAUUCAGUCGAUCAGGCGGCAGCGAGUAAACUGAAGGAGAUAUGUGGUGGGGCUUGAUGUGCUUUGUUGUACACCAACCGUUUGAUAAAAUGCCGCAGAGAGGCUAUUUCUUAAACUCCUGUUAUAUGAUUGAUUAUGCUAUAUUUUCUCUAAUGUAUUACUCCGUAGUACGUAGGAUUUGACUACAAGACAAUUGCUGUCAUAAUUAUUUGGUCUUUUGUUAUAAUACUGUAACAUAUGAUACUCAAAGAAAGAUGAUCAAUUGCAGACAA